GGCUGCAUAUUAACCAUGCCGCUCACAUUCCCGGUGCCUCAGCCCCCUGUCUGCCUGCUGGGGGUUGUAUUUAGGGUCAUCUCCAUGUACACAGCAGUGCGGCGGACACACACCGCCGGGAAACUAGCUCCUAGUGUGAUCAUGAAGCCAUCCAGCCCUGCGAAGUGUCCAGAUCCACAGACAGACAAAGAGGAACUGCCUGCUUCUCUGGAAAAACUACGGCAGCUUAUAGAAGACAAAAUUGAUAUCCUGCAGUUGCCCUCCAUAGAGGAUCAGCAGGAUUCACGGUGUGAGGAGGACGAAGGAGAAGGAGGACUGUGGAGGUUGGCUGUUGUGAGUCGGGAGCUGUCCUUUCACCUCCAGCAGCUGCAGACGCAGACAGAGCAGGAGCUCAGCAACAUUCAAACACAACUGAGUCAGAUCGAAGGCUGCCGGCAGCAGCUGACCGGGGAGCUGUCGGAGCUUCAGAAGAGGAAGGAGCAGACCGAGGAAGAGCUGAGGAGAAGCUCCUGCCCUCACGCGUCUGCAUUUACCUUGUGCGCCUGCCGGGAUCUCCAGGCCGUCUUUGCAGAGCGUUUGCUUCAGUCUGAGGGGCUGGUGUUCCAGAGAAACGCAUUGAGCGCGCUCUGUAACCUUCUGACCCAGGACCUGCAGAAGUACCAGGAGGAAAGGCAACAGCUGACCCGUUUCGCCCAGAGAGUACUCGGGAAACCCCACAGGUCAGGGGGAGAGGAAACCCUCAGACAGAGCGAGGACGGCAUGCAGGGGAAGAACGAGACGGUGCAGGAAAACAACAUGCAAACUCUGGAUUUCUCUGCAAAGUCACCACUUAGUUCUCACCUGAGCAGAAAGGACGGAGAGGCCGAGAAGGCCUGGAGAGCCUCUCUGAUGAGACCGAUAGUUGGCCUGACCAAUAAAUCAAACCUGCUGCGAGGCGGCAGCGUCAAAGACCUGAUCACCAAGUUCUCUGGUCCAGACACCAUCUCAUCUCAGCAACAGAGCUUUCCCCUGGGACCUGACAGAGUCCUAAAGGUCGCCUCCAUGGACCCUUUCAAUUCCCCCAAGUCAACGUCCAGUCCACCCAUGGCAAAGAGAGCUGGGCAAGAGGCAAACCCUGUUCCCAGCAUCGUCGUGACUCCAUUUAAAGAAACCACUCAGAAUGGGCUUGAACUGACGGAGAAAGCCACUAAGGCUAGUCAGGUUGCUGCAAGAAUCAAGUGUCCUGUUGAGGGUGUCACCCCAAACUCUGCUCUAGAACCAAGAAGCAAAGCAGAAGCGCCAGACUCUGGUAGAGAUUCACUGGCUGACUCUGGCGUGGGAUCGGAGCCAGAGUUGGAUCAGAACAGAUACCCAGACAGCCCGUCAGAGGAGGGCCUCUCCACACCCCGAGCCGCGUCGAGCAGCGAAAGCCCAAAGUUUCACACGUACACGAACAACGAACCGGGAAUCAAUGGGGUAAGCGGCAGGGAUGAGGAUGGAGGCCGCGGGUCAGUCGGGGAGAAAAGCCCCAGGCUGGCCAGAUGGGAAACCACCCGGCUGGGGUUGAACCACUACCGCGGGUCCCUGGAGUCCCUGGCCUCACGGGACUGGGACACAGGUCCUGACAGGGUGGGCUUCACCGACAGCCCGUCCAGGGUAUUUAACAGCCCUUACACCUCAGCCACUUCUCUGGAGUACAACCCCUCAUACAGGGUGUCAGAGUUCAAGGGUAGGCUGUCUCCCUCCACCUCGGAGCUGAACUUGUACAGCUUUAACAGUCGCAGCACCAGCCCAGUGGGCACCCCCACCUUUGCCUCCUCUCGUCCCCGCUUCUCCGCCUACGACACACUCAUGAGGAGGAGGGCCGAAGCCAACAGCCCUGUGGCCUCCACCCAUUACAGCAUGCGCUCUGCUACACUGGGGGCCCCCAACAAAAGAGACUAUAUAGAAGAGCUGACCAAAGAGCUGGACACAUGCCAGAAGCGUAAUCAGUUCCUGGAGGCAGAAAGUGUGCAGAUGGAGAAGGAGAGGAGCCAGAUCAGGCUUGACAUCCGUAACCUGCUGGUGAGCAAAGAGGACCUCCACAGGACCAACACCCAGCUGACCAAUGAGCUGAAGAGGCUGAGAGAGCAAAUGGUAGAGAUGGAGAGGGAGAAGCAGGCUGUGGUGGAGGAGUGCAGAUCAAUGGAGUUUGAGGUGAAGCAAGCCAGGGAGAUGAUGGUGGAGGCCAACACCCAGGAGUACGCCUUCAACUACCUGCAGCAGUCGCUCCAAAACAAGAUCCAGGAUGCUGAGGAGAACCUGGAGAAGCAGACGCAGCGCGCUCAGGACCUGUCUGACAAACUGUGGCUGGCAGAGAGACAGUUGGAGGAGCUGGAGAUGGAGAAAGGCACCAAAGACAAGAAGACGUCAGAACUCAACGCCACUAUUCUCAGACUAGAGACGGAGCUGGGUGAUGCCCUGCAGAACUUAACACAGGUCUCCACAGAGCUGAGCCUGCAGCAGAAGCUGCGUGACGAUGCUCACCUGAGGGUGGAGGAGUUGGAGGAGACUCUGCUGGAUAAGGACCAAGAACUACAGAGACUGCAAUCUCUUGUCAGCAAGCUGCAAGGAGAGGUCUCUGGGAAGCUGAUUGAUAAGGAGAGGACGCUGGAGGAGGAGAUUCAGCUGAGAGAAAGGCUGCAGCUGAUGUGCAAACAGGCUGAGAGGACGGUGGAAGACCUCACGAUGGAGCUGCAGAGCACAAACCAGGCCAAAGAGGACCUGGCAAAGCAGCUCAAACAGACUCAGGAAAAGAUGCUUGACCUGGAGAGUGACCUGGAGGAGCUGCAGGAGAGCGAGCAUAGGUGGGCUGCCAAACACAAGAGGACCAUCGAGCAGACUGAGCUGCUACAACAGAAGCUGAUUCAGCAGAAAGAGCUGAAUGAGGAGCUGGAGGCUGAGAAAGCCUCCAUGGAGAGACAGCUGCGUGAGCUGCGGCUGGAGGUGGAAGACCUGCAUAGCUCCAAAGUGCAGGAAGACGUCAUUUCUAAAGCAGAAAUCAGAGCCAAGGAGCUGGAGAACGCUCUGAGGGUGGAGGAGAGGAGCAAAGCUUCCCUGUCAAACACCAUCAAUAAACUGGAGAGGAGGAUCAGUGAGCUGACCGAUCAGAUGGACGAGGAGACCAGGAUAGCUAAUGAACAGAAAGAACUGAUGACCCAGAGAAUUCGUUCCCUCAAGCGGCAGCUGAAUGAGGUUGAAGAGGAGGCAAGCAGGAAGGAGGCGCAGUACCGCCACAUCCAAAGGGAGCUGGCUGAACAGCGAGAGAACACCAGCCGCCUGGAGAGACAACUGCUCGAGCAACACCUGCAGAACAAACGUAAAGAGAACCUGACCAUCCGCCAGACUCUGGACAACCUGAGGUUAGACCUGGAUGAUGAAGAUGAAGAGGAGAAUGUACCAGAAACAAACAAUGUCACCAAAGUCUAAAAAACCAUCCCACGCUGUAAUUCUAGCUUCAGUUCUGCCUCCAGCAGCUUUUCAAAGUGAAGCAGUUAUAUUGUGAGGUCGAUCUUAUCCCUGAUAAAAGAGGGCCGCCACAUCUAUGCAAUAUCACACGACAAAAAGACAAUAACACUGUUGAACGCACUAGGAUUCUCCAUUAGGUGAGUUUUUUGUUCUGAAGCCACAAGUGUUAAGACAAACAAAAUACCAAGUUAAAACUAAGUUAUGAAGACAUGAUGGAAUUAAAAAAACUUCUUUUUUUGAGUUGAUGGAAAUACAGCUGCUUGAUUAAGGAAAAACAAAGUCUUAAAAAAAAAACACAUUGUUUUCUUUAAUUAAAAAUUAAUUCCAGAAAAUGAUCAUCUCUGUGAAAAUGUCACACUAAAAAGUGUAACAGUACGUUUGUGAUGGAGUCUCUCAAAAGUGCAGUUUUCAAUCCAAACACUUGUUGGUAGGAAGCUUUAUUUAUACAAAACACUUUUUGUCCCAACUUGUGUGUCUCCUGUUUGUUUAAAACUACUGCACAGUCAAGCUUUUAACGGUUGCUUGCAGGACGCAACUUUUAUUUUUAGGAUUGGCUCGUGUAACAGAAGUGUGGUUAAGCUGUAUUGUCAUGUAUUUAACGGGUUUUGCUGCUGUUUGAAACUACUGUUUUAUGUCGUUCAAAUUGUUAUUAUAGGCAAAAAGAAAAAAAAGAAAAUCUUUAGUGAUGGUAGAACGUGUAAAACAGGGACAGGGUUGUUGUUUUGUUUUAUUUUGAAAAAGGACAUCCACCCAGGACAUUUCCAGCAUGUUUGAUGCUUGAAGUCAAAGGAAAGAAAAGGGAAAUGCUGUUGUGCGUAGUGUGAGGGUCUCAAAUAAGCCACUUCUAUUUGCUAGAAAUGUGACUUUUCAUUCAUACUUACUAACUGUACCAUUUUCUUUUCCUGUUGAGAGAUGAAAAUGCUUUUGUUUGAGAAGACAUUGGUUUCUUUGUUUUAAUUUUAAUGGUAAAAGUAAACAUGUACAUUUAGAUAAAAAAAGGAUGAGGGGGGACUUUUACUUUUCUUGCCCUGAUUAAAGUGCUUCACUCUCAAUAAUGUGUAAAAACCCUUUACAUGUUAUUUUACACAAAGGAUGGAGUGACAGAAGUGCCAAACUAGGAAGAAACACUUGUAAAUGUGCAAAAGUGGAAUGUCAAAAAGUUUUCUUGUCAGAAUAAAUGUUCUUUUCUUUUAUAAACA